AUGAUAGCUCAAGCUGCUACACGGCAUCAGCCAUCUCAAUUCUCUCCUCAUCCGAACCGCGGGCGUAAAUACGCACCGUCGACACCGCAUCCACCGGAUUCCAUCUAUCCUUCUGCCAUGUCUCAACUCGCAUCAACCAUGCCUUACUUUUCCGAUUCCAAUAUCGAGAGUUCAAUGCCACAGACGUGGCAACUGUCGUCGACGACGACCAUGGUAUAUGAGACCCAGCCCGUGGAUCCAGACAUGCUCGAAAUGGUCAACGAACUUGACAACGAUUCGAUAAGCAGCCAACCUCAGGAGAUUAGUGAUCAACAUCAGGAGCUGGUCCUGCUUGAUGACCCAUUUGGUUUUGAUUCAAUAAUGACACCUGCCACAAUUGAAGACCAAUUACAAAACUCCAUAUCUCCCGCAAGCUCGAAGUCUCGACCCUCGAGAUUCUCCAGCCCCAAUGAUCUCGGUUCCUGCAAGUCGGCUGAAUAUGAGCGUGCUCGAAGGGAACACAGCGGUGGUGAAACCCAACCAUUUGCUGCGCCAGUACGUCCGCCGUCUCCCCCUCUCGACAAGAUGUAUCCCGAUGGCUUCGUCCUAUGGGAUCCAGCGGACCCUGGGAAGUCUGACAACAUCCGCGAAAAAAUCACCCGUAACCAGGCCGAACUUCAGCAACAGAGAGACGAUAUCGCUGCACUCAAGAAAGCUGGCGGCUCGUGUAUGGCAUGCUACCGGGCUAAGAAGAAGUGUGGAACAGCUACACCCUGUCCUCCAUGCUCUUCUAAGGGUAAUCGAAUCUGCUUUCGAAGUUGGGGAGAUCUAUGUCUGCUUGGGCCGCCUACAGGGGACUCCCUUACGAUCCUUAGCUUCCCGUCCCAAGCGGCAAAGAAUAAUUUGCAACGUAUGAGUGAUGAGGUCUUCAAAGUUAUGGAUGUAUUCAAAGCGGUUGUCAAUAUCCGCGAAACAUAUGGCGGAGCCUGCACUGCAUGGAAUUGGACAGUAACGAGGGCCAGUAUCACGCUAUCGAGUAGAACAGAGUGUCCCGUCGAGGAUUUUAUUGCUGGGGUUACCAGUGCCCUCCGCCCCGUGGAUUUGGUCAAAAUUGGAGAUAUAAACACAGAGAACCCACUCGUCUGGAACGCACUCAGAUUGGCAGAUCUGUUUAUAGCCAUUCGAGCCUUGGCGCAAGCUCAAAUCCGUGCCUCCUGGUAUGAAAUUACUACCAGGCGACUCGUUUCGUUUUAUCUUUUGAUUCUCUCUUUUCGGAAGCUAGCGCAAGUGUCUGAGGAUUUUUGCCCUGGUUUGUACGUGGCCCUGUGUGGAAAGGACAAGCAGAACCACAAGAAAAGCCGGCCACGGAAAGAAAAUGAGAUUGAUCCUGCUUGGGCCGCCGCAGCAUUGUAUUACCGAGUUAUAUGUGCCUUGCAAGAUCUCCUAAACAACCACCUCGUUGCGAGAAUAUUUGGCGCCUCCAGCUGUCAUCUGAGCGGUGUUCGUGAAAAACUCGAAGACAUCCUGUACAAUGUAUCCCCCGGACACGGGGCUACGGGCAAAUCCAGAUCGAUCCUUGAGGAAGGAAUUCCCAACCUCCAGCCAUCGCCAGACGUGGACAUGGCUUUCUGGCUAGGAGACCCCGAGGAAAUGUCGUCUGUUCUGAGGCAGCAUGACAAUCCUUUUUCGACGCCACCCUACCAAAUGCAAGCGUUCUUGGCUGAUCAUUUCCCUCGGCCUUGCGGUUUGGCGAAUCCUGUUGAGCAGGCCGGUGGGCUCUUGCAACCGUCAGCGGCUUCUCACGAUACGGUGAUUGCCCAAGCACAGAAUGGCCUUGAUCACAUGGCCUAUGCCGACCAGAUUGAAAGCUUCGACUCGAGUACUCUGUUUAACUUCCCCAGCAAUGAGUAUGGCAAUGCAUUCGAUCCAAUGACUGCAAACUUUGUCGAUACAAUUCCACCCGAUACAAUGCCAGUCUAUGGCUUCCAGCAAUCUCUGUACAAUUGUUGA